AUGAGGCCCUGUGUGCAGAGGAAGAGGAGAAGGAGGAGGCGUGCUCCGCUUUACAGCGUUUUCUCCUCCCUCACAGCGCUGCUCGCGCAUCCCGGUGGAGAUCUGUCUCAUUUUCUCCUGUUGAGGCUCGAGCGGCGGCUGCGCACUGUUGAAGCUCGCGGAGAGAGAGAAGAGAGAGAGAGAGAGAGAGUAAAGAGGAGAUAGAAGAGAGGAGAGAGAGCGGAGAGAGGAGCCAUGGGGGGGAAGAGAGAGCCGGCACAGCAGCACCACACUCCAGCUUCAAAAUAAAGCAGCAGUGAGAGAAACAGCGCGGAGAGCUGGGGGCGAGUUUCUUCCGUCGGCCUGAGGGGCAGCGAGAGUGGAAACCCGCACCGUCCGCCUGUGUGAAACACUUCAUUCCUCACCUGCAUCUGUAUCUGCGGAGAAGCUCAAAAAUCUGGAAUACAUGAUGAAAUUUAAGCCAAACCAGACAAGGACGUACGACGGCGAAGGCUUCAAAAAGCGGGCCGCAUGUCUGUGCUUCAAGAACGACCGCGAGGACGAGGUGUUGCUUGUGAGCAGCAGCCGGCACCCGGAUCAGUGGAUCGUUCCAGGAGGGGGGAUGGAGCCGGAGGAGGAGCCGUGUGGAGCCGCUGUAAGGGAAGUCUAUGAAGAGACUGAACAGGCUGGUGUAAGGGGCAACCUUGGCAGGCUACUGGGGGUUUUUGAGCAGAACCAAGACAGCAAGCAUCGAACGUACGUGUAUGUGCUUACCGUCACCGAGACACUGGAGGACUGGGAGGACUCUGUUAACAUUGGUCGCAAGAGAAAGUGGUUUAAGAUUGACGAGGCUAUCCGGGUGCUGCAGUGCCACAAGCCGGUUCAUGCUGAGUACCUCCGCAGACUCACCCCUCGCUGUGGCCCCACCAACGGCAACAGUCAGGAGCCCACGGAUGAUAACGCCCCACUCCACCAAAGCACCUCACAGGACUGUGGGCUGCCGCGCUUACACAGAUAGAACUGCCAACAGGGGGCAGCUGUGUGCCACACAAAGGACGUUCUCCUUGGACUAGAAAAGACUAUUUUUUGCAUGUAUCAUUUCCACGUUUACUAUUUGAGAGAUGUUUUGUUUUUUUUUUUGUUUUUUUUUAACUGUUGAGAAACCAAAGGCUGGUAGAGAACCUGUCUUUGACCCAUGGGUCAAGCUUGAAGUGUGUAUAGAGGGUUCUUUGCAGAAGGUUUCCUACAGGCAAACAGUUGUUGGAAUUGAGCAGGAAGUGAAGACUGUCAUGGCACUGGUGGACGUUUUGGAGUGUGAACUAUGGCUGCGUGCCUUUGAUGGAAUUACAAAGAGGCGAAGGAGUCCUGAAAAACAACUGUUGAAUUUGUAGUGUUAUUUAUUCAUGGUUUGAGUGGUGGUUUAAAGAAUGUUGAAAAUGAAUCUAAAGCUUCAUUAGAUGUUAACAGGUUUAUAAGGCUGAGCAAAAAAUACUUGAUGUAAAAAUUCACAACCAAAUUGCAAAAAAGAAUCUUUUUUUUAAUGCUAUUUUCUUAAACAUGUCAAAGUACAAUAGUAUGAUUUGAAAUGAAGGAGCCGGGUGCCUUUAAAGGAGAUGCAUCCUCAUGUUCAAUGCUUUUGAUCGCUGUAGAUGACAUUAUUUUAUGCCGAUACUGUAGUUCUAACAUGCUGUGAACGUUUGAGUUGUUUUCACAGGUUGGUCUUAAAUGUGAACUCAACCUAAGCUCAUGUAAUCUUCAUUUUCCAUGCACUUAAAGAAACUUCAACCUGUUUCCCCAAUGUAACUUCAGUGAAACUAUUUUUGAAAUUUGUUUAUGUAAACUAAACAUGUUAAAACUUUUGGUGCUAUUGUUUGUGUUUAUCCUCAAAGCCAAGACAAGGCAACAAGUGUUUUGAGCCAAAGUUUGAGUCAAAUGUGUGAUAUUUAACAUGUAUUAACAAAAAUGGCAGAACUGUAGGCAAAAGAACAACUGCACAUUUAACAGAUUAUAACAGCGUUUCUUUUUUGUGCCAAUGCUG